GCAACACGAGCUCUCCUCACUGACCCUAUAUUUCAUCCAUCCUCACGGCUCACUUCGCAUCUCUAGCAGUCUGUAAACGCUUUAAUCGGAAGCCGAAUUAUACCUGGGCGCCACAGAUAUUAAGUACAGCAACACGAAGAAAACGCAAAAAUGCCGACAAUAGCCCUAAUUGGCCUUGGCUCCGUGGUUGCUUCAACAGCUCUCUCUAUAAUCCACCAACGCAUACCUGCAACCCUUCUCCUCGUGGACAUCAAAUCUACCCUCCGUGAUGCCCAAGUCAACGAUCUCUCUGACGCGGCACUCGUUCACGGUUCCGUGACACAAGUCCAGGCAGCCACGCAUCGCGAGGCGAGUCAGGCAGACGUGGUGAUUAUCACUGCAGGAGCGAGACAUACGCCUGGAGAAACCACUCUCCAACACCUCUAUCACAAAUUCAGUAUCCUGAAAAGCAUUCUCAACGAAAUGCGCCCAUUUUCCCCACGCACCGUUAUCCUAGUGGUUGCUAACCCCGUCGAUUUACUCACCACACUGGCGCAGGAUAUUGCUAGCCUGCCCCGUAGACAAGUCAUUGGGACGGGGACGUGCUUGGAUUCCCUAAGGCUACGAGGUGAGGUAUCCCAUGUCCUUGGGACCAAAAUGGAGGAGACAGAGGGGUAUGUAAUUGGUGUACGGGGAAAUGAGAGUCAGGUUAUUAUAUGCUCUGGGUUACUGUCUCCCUAUGGAGAGGAAGGAAAUUCUAUCCAGAAAAGAUUGGAGGUGGAGAGUAAGAUUGAGCGAAAAUCGAAGGCUAUUGUUGCUGGGAAAGGAGGUGCGCCGUGGGGAAUUGGGGCUGUAGCUGGGAGUCUUGCGGCCGCAAUGGUGAGAGACAACAGGAGGGUGUGGACAGUGAGUUGUUGGAGGGAGGAUUGGAAAUGUUGUUGUUCGUGGCCGGUUGUGGUGGGGAGGGAGGGAGUGGUGGAGGAGGUGAGAUUGGACUUGAGGACAGGGGAAAGAGAGGCGGUUGAGUUGGGAGUCAAAAGUUUGAACGUGAUAGUGGAAAGGGUUAAGGAGAAUGAAGCGUGA